AUGGCCUAUAUGCCACCAUCACUGAUUCUCUUCGGAUGUGUUUUUCUUUUCUUAUUACAAGGAUACUGCUCCAGUUCUGAGGCUUUACCUAAAGUCAACAUCAGUUGUUUGAUCAUCAAUCUGAAGUACAUAAAUUGCAGCUGGACUAAAGUGCAGAUGCAGAAAAUAAACUUCACCUUCAGGACCUUGAACAGUGAUUUAUAUCAAGAGUGUCCAGAGUACCUCAAGGAGCUUGAUCAGAAUGUAGGCUGUAGAAUCCCUCUUAAGAUGCUGGAAGAACGAUUUAGUCCUUUCUACACAAAGCUGACCGUGGGAGGAAAUCAUACAAAAGAAGAUUAUAAAAAUCUGUUACAAAGAGUGAAGCUCAACCCUCCCUAUAACGUCUCUGUGAACUUCAGCAGUGCUGAUAGUGAGGUCUGUAUGCACUGGGUGAACAGUUUCAACGAUUUAUGUGUGGAGAACGAGGUACGCCAUCGGAUAGCCUCGAACAAAUGGAAGACUUUUACUUCACCUUCGAAACUUUCAUACUGUGUGUCUCCUGUCAUCAAUGAUGUCACUUAUACAUUCCAAGUGAGAACCAGAAUAUUUGACUACUGUGGUGCUUCUGAAUUGUGGAGUGAUUGGACUGAUCCAGUGCAGUGGAGUAACAACACAGAUAACAACACAGAUAACAACACAGGCAGAGCACAGUGGCAUGUGUUGGUCAUUGUACUCUCGGUUGUUCUCCUGAUCUUUCUUUCCGUGCUGCUGUUCUGUUGUGAAAGGAUAAAGGGAGGGAUACAUGUAGUUUUACUUCCUGUAGUGCCUGACCCAAGCAAGAACCUGCAGGAUUUGUUUCACAAAUAUAAUGGAAAUGUUGAGAGCUGGGUUCAUAUUUCCAGAGAGUUAAAGGAGGCUUUUGAGCCAGACUACACAGAGUCCCCAUGUGUUGUAUAUGAACCAGAUCACACUCUAGAGAAUAAAAGUGCAGAGGGCCCCGUGGAACAGCCUCAAUCCUAAAUUACUGUAUUUUGGUAUUUUACUAUUGUUAUUUGAUGUGACUUGAAGUAUUGCCAAGUACAUUUUCUGUUACCUCUGUAUAGUGUAGCUCAGAUGACCAACCUCACAGCAAAGUAAAUAUAGAAAAACCUGACACAUACCUAAAGCAUAUUUCUAUCCCUCCAAACAUUGAUCAUGAUAACGUUCUUCCAUUAGAUGUAUGGUUUUGCCAUCGGUCAUUGUGUAUCUUUAGUAACUGCUUUAUUCCAGGUUGUAGUUGGUCCAGAACUGAUCUUAAGACAGGAAAACCCACAACCUGUCCAUCACAGGACAUCCCACACUCAUCAUCACCAAAGAGCAAUUACGAACAGCCAGUCAGUCUGUGGGAGAUGGGACGUGGGAGUAGAGCAUACAAAACUUUACACAGAGAGGAUGCUCAAAUGGUGCACCAGUCUAAUAUUCAUCUGCCACCAAAAGUGUAACACAGUUCUUUCAUGCAGGUCAUUUUUGUACAUAAGGAAAUUAAGAAUAUCGAAACUGGGGCAAAGCAAAAAGGGGAAUGUAGACUGGAAUUGAACCUCAGUCACUAGAUCUGUGUGGCACCAACCCAACCUGCCAUGCCAACAUGUUGCCCUUGAUCAGAAAGAAUUACACUUCCAGUAUAGCUUUACUGGUUUACAGUGUUAUGUUAAAAUGGCCUCAUGAAACUGGCCUUGUCUCAUAUUCCUUUCCCACACACACUGAUCUUUUAUUAUCGUGUGUCUGGUCCACAUUGCUAACAAGAGUGGAAACCUUGAUAGCUUAACAAAAUGGAGAACUUUAUAAAAAUAUAAAAAUAUAUUUAAGUUGCAUUUUAAAAUGUUUUUGUUUUACAUAUUGUACAUCCUAGACUGACAGGGUAAAAAGACAUUAAAAUAAAACAUUCCA